AUGGUAGUUUCCAAGAUUAAGGAGGUGGCAAUAUUACCGAAAAAAAUUAACCUGCAAAGCGGAGAGAAAAAAAGGAAGAAAGGUGAGCGAAAGAGGAGGACACGAAGAAUACGGUGCGCUUGGAUUUUUGUAAGACCUACUCCUUUUAGUAAGCUCCAGAAAAGUUUUCAUAAGACCCACGACUUGAAGAAUUUCAACUCGUUAAAGGAGACCGCGCAGUAUUCGCUACAAGUGGAGUUGGCAUUAAGGUUCAAAAGUUGGAGUAAAAAGCGUAACUGGAAAAUUUCUUUAACAAAAAUUUCGAUGAUGCCCGACUCCUGUUGCUGCUAAAUACCCCCUAAAACCCAACCCGAAAUUCUCGCCAUCGAGAAAGUAGCGAGCAAUAGUAGAAUCGCCCGAGAGCAGCUCCGAUCGACUUUGAUACUCGAUAGACGACGACAA